UUUGAGUGUUUUAUGUGUGUACAUAUUUUGCUCUUAAAUUUAUAAAUAUACAUAUAUUGAGCGUGUCCACGUCUCCUCGCUGAACCUUAGGCAUCCUUUGGCACAAUGUCCUGUGUGCAUUAUAAAUUUUCCUCCAAACGCAACUAUGACACGGUCACCUUUGAUGGGCUCCACAUCUCCCUCUGCGACUUAAAGAAGCAGAUUAUGGGGAGAGAGAAGCUGAAAGCUGCAGACAGCGACCUGCAGAUCACCAACGCGCAAACCAAGGAAGAAUAUACUGAUGAUAAUGCUCUAAUUCCUAAGAAUUCAUCUGUAAUUGUUAGAAGAGUUCCUAUAGGAGGUGUUAAAUCUACAAGCAAGACAUAUGUUAUAAGUCGAACUGAACCAGUGAUGGGAACUACAAAAGCAAUUGAUGACUCUCCUGCAUCUAUUACUCUGGCCCAGCUUACAAAGACUGCCAAUCUGGCUGAAGCCAAUGCUUCCGAAGAAGAUAAAAUUAAAGCGAUGAUGUCGCAGUCUGGCCAUGAAUACGACCCAAUCAAUUACAUGAAGAAACCUCUAGGACCGCCACCUCCAUCUUACACAUGUUUCCGUUGUGGUAAACCUGGCCAUUAUAUUAAGAAUUGCCCAACAAAUGGGGAUAAGAACUUUGAAUCCGGGCCUAGAAUUAAGAAGAGCACUGGAAUUCCCAAAAGCUUUAUGAUGGAAGUAAAAGACCCCAAUAUGAAAGGUGCAAUGCUUACCAACACUGGGAAGUACGCUAUCCCAACGAUAGACGCAGAAGCAUAUGCAAUUGGGAAAAAAGAAAAACCACCCUUCUUGCCAGAGGAGCCUUCGUCCUCAUCAGAAGAAGACGAUCCUAUCCCGGAUGAAUUGCUCUGUCUGAUCUGCAAAGACAUCAUGACUGACGCUGUUGUCAUUCCCUGCUGUGGAAACAGUUACUGCGAUGAAUGUAUAAGAACAGCACUCCUGGAGUCGGAUGAACAUACGUGUCCAACGUGUCAUCAGAAUGAUGUCUCUCCUGAUGCUUUAAUUGCCAACAAAUUCUUACGACAGGCUGUUAAUAACUUCAAAAAUGAAACGGGCUAUACAAAAAGACUACGGAAACAGUUACCUCCACCACCACCCCCAAUACCACCUCCAAGACCACUCAUUCAGCGCAACCUGCAGCCGCUGAUGCGAUCGCCAAUAUCCCGACAGCAAGAUCCCUUGAUGAUUCCAGUGACUUCGUCGUCUGCCCACUCAGCUCCCUCUUUAUCAUCAUUAACUUCAAGUCAGUCUUCCUUGGCCCCUUCUGUACCUGGAAAUGCAUCCUCUGCCCCAGCUCCUGUGCCUGACAUAACCGCAACUGUCUCCAUAUCUGUCCAUUCAGAAAAAGCAGAUGGGCCUUUCCGGGAUUCUGAUCCUAAAAUAUUGCCAGCUGCAGCACUUGCCUCGGAGCACCCAAAGGGAGCUUCCUCGAUUGCACUUACUGCUCUUAUGGAAGAGAAGGGUUACCAGGUACCUGUUCUUGGAGCCCCGUCUUUGCUUGGACAGUCACUGUUACAUGGACAGCUGAUCCCCACGACUGGUCCAGUAAGAAUAAAUGCCGCUCGCCCGGGUGGUGGUCGACCUGGCUGGGAACAUUCCAACAAGCUCGGCUAUCUGGUUUCUCCGCCACAACAAAUUAGAAGAGGGGAGAGAAGCUGCUACAGAAGUAUAAACCGCGGGCGACACCACAGUGAAAGAUCACAGAGGACUCAAGGCCCGUCACUCCCAGCGACUCCAGUCUUUGUGCCUGUUCCACCGCCGCCUCUGUACCCUCCUCCACCUCACUCGCUUCCCCUCCCCCCAGGCGUCCCUCCUCCACAGUUCUCUCCUCAGUUUCCCCCUGGCCAGCCUCCACCUGCUGGGUACGGUGUCCCUCCCCCAGGUUUUCCUCCAGCCCCUGCCAGCUUGUCAACACCUUGGGUAUCAUCAGGAGUACAGACAGCCCAUUCAAACACCAUCCCGACAACACAGGCACCGCCUUUGUCCAGGGAAGAAUUCUAUCGAGAACAGCGCCGACUAAAGGAAGAGUCCAAAUCUCCCUAUAGUGGGUCAUCCUACUCAAGAAGUUCAUACACUUACUCUAAAUCAAGAUCCGGCUCGACACGCUCACGCUCUUACUCCCGCUCGUUCAGCCGCUCGCAUUCUCGCUCCUACUCGCGCUCACCCCCGUACCCCCGGAGAGGCGGAGGCAAGAGUCGCAGUUACCGCUCCCGGUCCAGGUCCCACGGGCACCACCGGUCUAGGUCACGGUCACCCCCAUAUAGACGCUAUCAUUCCCGAUCAAGAUCUCCUCAGGCGUUUAGGGCACAGUCUCCCAGCAAGCGUAGUGUACCUCAAGGAGAAGCUGAGCGUGAAUAUUUUAAUAGGUACAGAGAAGUCCCGCCACCGUAUGACGUGAAGGCGUACUACGGGAGGAGUGUGGAUUUUAGGGAUCCAUUUGAAAAGGAGCGUUAUCGAGAAUGGGAGAGAAAAUACAGAGAGUGGUAUGAAAAAUACUAUAAAGGUUAUGCUGCUGGAGCACAGCCUAGACCCUCCACAAAUAGGGAGGCUUUCUCCCCAGAGAGACUUUUACCUCUUAAUGUCAGAAAUUCACCCUUCACAAGAGGUCGCAGAGAAGACUAUGUUGGACAGAGUCAUAGAAGUCGAAAUAUAGGUGGCAGUUACCCAGAGAAGCUUUCAACAAGGGACAGUCACAAUCAGAAGGAUAGUACAAAAUCAAAAGAGAGGGAGAAUGAAAAUGUUCCUGGAGAUGGUAAAGGAAAUAAGCAUAAGAAACACAGGAAAAGAAGAAAAGGCGAAGAGAGUGAAGGUUUCCUGAACCCAGAAUUGUUAGAGACUGCUAGGAAAUCAAGAGAGCCUCCAGGUGUUGAGGAAAAUAAGCCAGACUCGCUGUUUGUUCUUCCAGGCAGAGACGAUGCCACCCCGGUGAGGGAUGAGCCAAUGGAUGCAGACUCCAUCACUUUCAAAUCAGUGUCUGAAAAAGACAAGAGGGAGAAAGAUAAACCAAAAGCUAAAGGUGACAAGACCAAGCGGAAGAACGAUGGUUACGCUGUGUCCAAAAAAGAAAGUGGUGUCAAACCUGCUAAAGGACCCCAGGAAAAACUGGAUGGGGAGCGGGAAAAAUCUCCUCGGCCUGAACCGCCACUUAAAAAGGCCAAAGAGGAGACUCCAAAGCCUGACCCUGCUAGAUCCUCUUCCUCCCAGAAGGAUGAAAAGAUGGUUGGAACCCUCAGGAAAGCCCAUUCUAAAUCGGCGAAAGAGCACCCAGAAACAAAGCCAAUCAAGGAGGAAAAGGUAAAGAAGGACCACUCCAAAGAUGUCAAGUUAGAAAAGCUAGCUAAUAAGGAAGAAAAGGCCAAAAAGCCCAGUGAGAAAAACAAGCCACUUGAUAGUAAGGGAGAGAAGAGAAAAAGAAAAACUGAAGAAAAAGGUGUAGAUAAAGAUUUUGAGUCAGCUGCAAUGAAAAUAUCUAAACUAGAAGUAACUGAAAUAAUGAAGCCAUCACCAAAGCGCAAAAUGGAAUCCGAUGUUGAGAAGAUGGAUCGGUCCCCAGAAAAGGACAAAAUUCCAUCCUCAUCUGCGCCAGCCAAAAAAAUUAAGCUUAACCGAGAGACUGGAAAAAAAAUUGGGGGGACAGAAAAUGUGUCUAGUACAAAAGAGCUCCCUGAAAAGUUGGAGUCCACCUCUAGCAAGGUUAAACAGGAGAAGGGGAAGGGGAAGGCCAAGCGCAAAGUGCCCGGGACGGAAGGGUCCAGCUCGGCUCUCGUGGACUACACCAGUACGAGCUCAACUGGAGGCAGUCCUGUGCGAAAAUCUGAAGAAAAACCAGAUACAAAGCGAACUGUAAUUAAGACUAUGGAAGAAUAUAACAAUGACAAUACGGCCCCUGCUGAAGAUGUUAUUAUUAUGAUCCAGGUUCCGCAGUCCAAAUGGGAUAAAGAUGACUUUGAGUCUGAGGAAGAGGAUGCCAAGGCCACACAGCCUGUACCAAGUGCAGGGAAGCCUUCUAGUGUCAUAAAAAAUGUCGCCACUAAACCCUCAAGCGCAACUAAGUACACUGAGAAAGCAAGUGAGCCGUCAGAGAAGGUGAAACUUGCCAAGGAGCUGAGCCACGAAGCUGUGCCGCAUGAGGCGAAGGGUUCAAAGAGCACCGCGUCUAGUGAGAAGGGCAAAAGCAAAGACCGAGAGCACGCGGGCUUGGAAAAGGAAAAUACUGAGAAGCGGAAGGGUAGCGCCCAGCCGGAGAAGGACAGUAGUCUGGAGCGCGUAAAUGAACAAGGAAAUUUUAAAAGUGGGUCUCAGUCCUCUAAAGAGACUCGAACUUCAGAGAAGCAUGAUUCCACUCGGGGUUCCUCCAGCAAAGACUUCACUCCCAGCAGAGACAAAAAACUGGACUAUGAGAACAGAGAGCAUUCAGGCUCUAAGCGGAGAGAUGAGAGGAGUGAAGUAACAAGAAGGAAAGACUCUCCUUCUCGGAAUAAAGAUUCUGCUGCGCAGAAGAACAAGCCAAAGGAGGAGAGAGACUUGCCUAAGAAGGGCACCGCAGAUUCCAAAAAAAGUUCUAGUCCCUCAAGAGACAAAAAACCUCAUGAUCAUAAGUCCCCUUAUGAUACUAAGCGUUCGACUGAAGAGCCAAAAUCUGCAGAUAAAAGUUCGGGCAAGGAUCGUGAGAAGCCUGUGACCGAGGCGCGGGGCGCCGCGAAGGUGCCGGUGCCCAGCAUCCUCAGCCCGCCAGCCCCGCACAUGGAGAAGGAGCAGGCGGCCGCGCUGCUGGCACCGGCGGACCGGAGCGCCCCGAAGCCGAAGCCCCCACCCAGCCAGUCCUCCAGGCUGUCCUCCGACUUAACUCGAGAAACCGACGAAGCCGCCUUCGAGCCGGACUACAACGAGAGUGACAGUGAGAGCAACGUGUCUGCUAAGGAGGACGACACUUCUGGAAACACUGCGAAGGACCCGAAAGACCAGGUGGCGGAGAAAGCGAAGGAGGGCCUGGCGGCGGGCGCGGCGGGGCAGCAGGCGGGCGCCAGCCAGAGCCAGAGCCAGAGCAGCCCCAGCGCCAGCCCGAGCAGGAGCCGCAGCCCCUCGGGCAGCCAGACACGCAGCCACAGCAGCAGCGCCAGCUCGGCGGGAAGCCAGGACAGCAAGAAGAAGAAGAAGAAGAAGAAGGACAAGAAGCACAAGAAGCACAAGAAGCAUAAGAAGCACAAGAAGCACGCGGGCGCCGAGGCGGAGUUGGAGAAAAGCCAAAAACACAAACACAAGAAGAAAAAGUCCAAGAAGAGCAAGGAGAAGGAGAAGGAGAAGGAUGACCAAAAAGCGAAAUCUGUCCCCGUGUAGAAGGGCGGAUUUUUUUAAUUGACUUAAUUCCUAAGUCAUCUGUAUUAAAUUUUGUUAUAAUGUAAAGAGAUUGAAGCCUUGUAAAUAAUGACACGGAGACCCUGUGCUGCACUUAAAAUAUUGCUGCUUGAUUAUUUGAUUUUUACAUCAGAGCUUUAUAACACGGACUUUUGUACAGAAUUGUGAGCUGUGACCAUGUAACCUGAGAGGUUUUGCUAGGGCCUAUUAUUUUUAACCACCAUUAAUUAGUUGGGGUGGAGUUUACUGUGAAAUUUUCACAUUUGAAUUUUUUUAAUUGCCUGGCAAAAGCUGGUAUAAGUUCUAAAAUAUCAGCAGAAUGAUUUGCUGAACUCAUUACAACCCUGUUAUGUGACGUUUUGAUUACAAUAAAAGUUUUCAGUAAACUUUU